AUGGAUGAACUUGAUUUAAACCUUUCUGACCAAGACUGGCAAGAAAUAAUUAAUGCAGCCAGCUCAAGUACUCCCAACCAAGACCAGCAACAACCAAUAAAUGUAGUUGAUCCAAGUACUUCCAGGCGAGGUCGAAAACGACCAAUUGAUGAACUGGGUCCAAGUAUUUCCGAACAAGAUUGGAAAGCCAUAAUCGAUAAACCCGAUCCAGGCAUUCCGGAAGACUGGCGAGAUUUGAUUGAUGCAAUCAAUUCAAAAAAUUACAGAGAAUACUGGCAACAACCGAUUGAUCGAUCUGGUCCAAGUACUUCCAGACAAGAUCAGCGACAACCAAUCGAUGUAGUUGGUCCGAGCACUUCCAAACGAAGUCGGAGACAACCAAUUGAUCAGCCCAGUCCAAUCACCUUUAGCCAAGUGUCUGGUUCAACUCAUGAGCCCAACCCAAGCACUUUCAAUCAAGGCCAGCAACAACAAACAGAUGGAAACGAUUCUGCCAAUACUAGUUCAAAUCAAGUGACUGAAUUAAGCCGAAGAGAUCAGAUAACCCUUGAUCGUAUAAAGCAAAGACUUGUAGCGUUUAAAAAGGUACGAAAGGAAAACCAUAAAAAACAUCAUGAGUAUAUAGCUCUUGGAAUCAAUCAAAAGUUAGCGUUAGCAAUGGGAGAAGAGAUAUCCGAGUCAAGGCACAAUCCAAACACUGAAGACCAAUUGAAACAAGAAUAUGAAAAGGCAAGCAGAAAAGUGUAUAAUGUCAGACAACGAUUGAAGGAUCUUAUGGCAAAACAUGGUUUAAGAUUUGAAGAACCGAAUUAG